AUGGUCAAACAGCUUGCAACGUGUGUCCUCCAAAAGGGGGUUGGCAGUAUGGAUUAUAUUCAUAGCAUGAUGAUUGUAAUGUAUGAUGGUGAUGAGGAUGACGUACCACCUGUACAACAGAAUAUCCAGGAAGCAUCAUCACCAUCAAACAGCAAUGCAAGGCAGGAACCUGUUCCUGAUUGGUGCAGAUGUGAUCAUUGCUUUAUCAUGCCCCAGGCAAUUGAAAACAAGUGCUGUACGCACAAGAAGUGUGUUACAAACACAAGAAGAUUUAGAAAACUAUGUCUUGACCCAGAAUUUUUGUUACUUAGCAGCCGAAAUGUUGGUGAUAUCCGGAAUGACCCACAUGAUAAUAGCACCAGGGCAUUUAGAAAGCAGGCAUACCGACAUUAUAUUUUAGAUACAUAUGGAUAUUUAGGUAAAGGAAACAGAAAAGUGGCCCCAUCAUGUGUGGUGACAUGCAUUAGAAGGCAUUAUCCAUCUCCAACUGGUGUAUAUAUGGGAUAUCGAGAACAUUGA